AGUCCACAUGACGGAACCUGGAAGUGGCACUACUGGAGCCUUGGACCCCGUGGACCUUGCUACCCGCUAACAAUGGAAGACCAGGACAAGAUGGAAAGCCUGGAAACAUGGGACCACCAGGACAGCAGGUCAAUCGAUGGACAAUGCAGGCAACCCGGAAACUCAGGAACUCCCGGAACUGAUGCUGCCUAUAGUCCUUGCCCACUUCGCUCUGCUGCCAUGGUGAAUCGCAAGAAGUUGAUUAAGCACUAA